AUGGAUGCUUCGAUCGAUACAGCAACAGCAAAGCCCACUUCGGAGUCAUCUUCAGCUGGCUCUUUGUCAGCUGUGAAUGCGCAAAAAUAUGAAUGUAUUUCUGCGUCUGCUACGGCUAAUAGUGAACUUUCUGGCAGCAACAACAAUUGCAGUGAUCGUAACAGCAGCAAUAAUCAAGACCACUGCAACCAUAAUACCACUAAUGGCAGCAGCAAUGGUAACAACAGCAACUCACAACAUAAUAGCGGCUGUGGCAGACAUAUGAAGGCGAACAGUAUGGCAAUUUCUAUGCCCAUAACAGCAAAAUCCGUUGGCAGCACACCGCCAAGCAGCGCAGAACCAACAAGCACUAAUGAUUUCGCUUACUAUAACAGCACAGGCGAUACCGCAGCGCCAACAGCAUCUAGUGCUGCUGCAGCAAAACGUCACGCGCAGCCUCCACCACCUCCACCGCCCCCGCUACCACUCACAACACAUUAUCAGCACCAUCAGCAAUCGACACAGCAGCAGCAGCAAGCACACCAUCAGCACUAUGCUGCCGCCAGUACAGUGGCGCCGCUGUCGGAUGCAUUUCACCACCAGCAGAUGCAGUUGCAAUUACAACAGCAGUACGAGCAGCACUAUCAGCUGCAAUCGGCUUACUACCAACAGCAGCAGCAUCAGCAGCAACAACAACAGCAACUAGACGAACAACAGUCACACGCGGUAGCGCAGCCAUCAGCACAUUAUCAACAUCAGCACUGUCAUACAGCAGCAGGAACAACAACAACAACCACACAGCAUGCAGUGCGCAACAGACAAGCAGCUCACGCAACGAACACAGCGCAGGCGAAUGCGCAACAACAGCGUUUGGCUCAUGCUCUGCCCAGUCAGCACACGCAGCAGAACGCCGGCAGCGCUUCAACGGCAACACAGCCACAUCUCUUUCCAACAGCUAUGCUGGCGAUAGCCACCGCCGCACCGGCAACAACGUACGCCGCCGGUAGCAGCGGCGCAGCAAUACCAAGCGUCAGCACUGUUAAUGCAACACAAAAUGUAAAUGUCAUAUCGGCAGCGCCGAUUGUGGUAGAAUUCAGCAAUUUCUCACUAAAUUGUAUGCGUUCGAAUGGCAGUGGUGUUGGAGCGGUAGCAGCCACAGCGGCAGCAGCGGCAGCUGCGGCUGCAGUAGCAACAUCGCAAACGAAUCACGAUGCUGUUGGCCGAGCUCCGCUACGUAGGGAAUGCUCUACGCCAUUUCCAUGGGAAGAAAAAGAUAUAGAUGGCGGCUUCGACUAUACCGAUGUUCGAUGUGUUAAGACUUUAUUGAGACAUUCGAAGGGAGGCUGA